AUGGCUCAGAGAAGAAUCAGUGGAAGCAAACUCAUGAUGGUGUUGUGUGUGGUGGCAAUGUGCAGAGCCGUCCCCAUCAACGACCUCAUCUAUCGAGCCUCUCAACAGUCUGACAAACUGCACGCGCUCAGCACGAUGCUCACCCAGGAGCUGGGCUCUGAAGUAUUCCCUAUAGACAGGGUUCACGCGUGCCACACCUCCUCUCUACAGACCCCCACUGACAAGGAACAAGCACUUCAAGUAUCAGAGUCAGAUCUGUUGUCCCUGGCUCGCUCCCUCCUGCAGGCUUGGUCGGACCCUCUUGUAGUCCUGUCCUCCUCUACUAACAUCCUCCCGUACUCAGCCCAAAGCACCUUAUCCAAAACUAUCCAGAAGAUGCAGGAGCACUCCAAAGACCUCAAGGAUGGCCUGGAUAUACUAUCUAGCAAGAUGGGUCCAGCUGCUCAGACCAUCACUUCGCUUCCAUUCAUAGAAACCAAUGAGAUCGGCCAGGACAAGAUUACCAAACUGCUGUCCUGCUUUCGCCGGGACUCUCACAAGAUCGACAGCUUCUUGAAAGUCCUGCGCUGCCGGGCAGCAAACAUGCAACCCCAGAUGUGCUGA